GUGGUAACAUUUGUAGACACGAUCUUCAGGCUGGCUUCGAGACUCACCGACCUUGCACGUUGAGCUGGUAAGCAAUAAUAUUCAAUUUCACGAAUGACAGGUGCUAUCUGCCACUGUCUGCCCCUGAGAAGUAGGGCUUCAUGCUUAGGCAGGUACUUCUCGCCUUGUGGGAUUCUCAAGCUUAUUUUCGGAAGACGCCGCUUCUGUUUGAAUCGUGUAACUGAGAGCUGGUGAUCAUGGUUGUGACGUCGUGUCCUACGAUCCCACCCUCAUACUCGGCAUUCCAGUCCUUAAUUUGACCUCUACGUCUUUUGAGGCGACUUUCUCCUUAACCUCCAGGUCUCGUCCUCAGCGCUCUUCCGCAUCACUACAUGCGGCAGCAUUCCCUCUCCCGCUCAGCUGUCAUUCUCACGAGAAGCCAUUACGGAGUACCAAGACUCUACACACGAGGUGCUGCAGAUUAUGAUAUGUAAGGCGGGAGCAGUAGACUGCUGCUGGUAGUCAAGUUCACCCCCGUAGAGCCACCCUCUUUCCACCUCUUAAGCGGACCCCCUUUCAAAAGGCCCUGGCUACGUACCUGGCGUACGUUUUGUGCUCGCCCUUCAGACUCGUUCUUCCUCGGGUACUUACGCGCCUCUCUGUACAUUAGACGACGCCCCGGCGACGUCACUUCCACCUAUCAUUCUAAUCAUGGAGAACCCGCAUACCCACCGCUGGUCAGAGCUCGUUCCUCCUAAUUCUGCCCUUACAUUUGCGGCCAUUUGGGACCCAUCCGAAGGGAUGGUGACUUUCUCGGGUGGACAUCUUCUGGAGUCUGACGCCUCCGACACCCUAUGUGACGGGGAGUCGUCGCCCAAGGAAGCCUACGACAGCCAGUCGCAGGUUUUGACUAUCGACAGAUUAGCUUGGGCCUUGGGUGCAGGAGAGAUGCCAGGUCGUCCAGUUGGUAUGAUAGCGCUUGACGAGUACUCCGAAGACUCGGCAUCGGUGUACUCUGGUGAAACACAGCAGGCUACGAAAUUAGGAAAACAACAGCCCCGCAUUUGGGCUGUUGGUCGUCAGUUACUGUCCGCUGCCUUGACGUCGCUCGAUGGUCGGAUUUUCCGUCCGCACAGUCGGAAGGAAGAGGCGCCGUCUACAACGGACGUAAUUCAGGAGGAGGACGAAGGCUUCUUCGAGGACGCAUGUUUCACCGCUACUGCUCGCAGUUUUGGGAGCGUUCCGGUGCUGGUCAACCUCAAUCUUAAAUCCAAGUUUUCCGUCUCUGAAACUUCGACUACGAACUUCGUGCAUGUCUUCCCUCCCUCUGUCGCAGAUUUCUCUGCCUCUCAGACUCUGGCUCCGCCCCAACCCACGCCUCUUCGUGCAUCAUACACGGUUCAUCCCCAGGAAUCCUCACUCGACGUCUGGUCUACACUUCCACAGCAGCACUCUUACGUUUAUCCUUCUCCUCAAGAGUAUUCCUCGUCCUCUUCUUCGUCGGGGACUUACGGUCGCAGACGUCGAAAGCUUCGACGUAAUGUCCCUCUGAGCAUCAUUCCGGCAGACCCACAAGAAGUCCUUUCCAGACAGUUAUACAACUAUGUUGCGCCUCCAACCUCGUAUUCGGAGACACGAGGCUUACGGCGACAACUGUCAUUAGCGAAGAUUCGAGAGUUGGUCGGUCAGCUGACGCUGAGGUGCCACCGGAAUGGUGAUGACGACGAGCCCCCGGAAGUCAAAGAGGACAGAGGAUGGUGCUGGAUUCUGAGAACGGGCAGCGUGCUGGAGUUGUGAGAAAAACGGACGAUUAUGGACAUGGGUUCAUUUGCUCUUCGACCAACUUGCGUUGGCCAUGAGGAAGACGCCACAGUGCGGUAGGAUUGUCGUAACAUUUUCAUUUCGGGGUUGUUGGUUAUUUCAUAUCCGUUUAUUCUAUCAUUUAGUCCUCUCACGACGCGGAUCAGUGCUUGUGUGCGUUUUUGCCCUCCCGGUUUCAUACUUCGACCUUCUUUCCUUGACGAGAAGCCUGAGGCUUCUCUUUUCGUUCUUUGCGAUACCUUCCGAAUUUCUUCUGGGCUCCACGUUUCACUCACACGACCCUCACUGUACUCUCACUACAAUAUAUGACCUCUAUGCCAGUCACGACU